CUCUGUUUGGAUCUUACAGGAUGAAUCGUCACCUCAGCCCAUUUUGUGCGCAGCCAGAAGAAAAGCGGACCCGUCCCGCAACUUCUUUUAUUUCAUUUUAACCUCAGAAAGACCACCUCUAAGGGCGCGAUGAUUUUAACCUUUGUCUUUAUUUUGUCAAUGUUGGAUUCGGCGCUCACCUCGAAGGCUGACGGCGGCUCGGCGGCGCGUCCCGCCCGGCUGGACUGCGUGAGGGCCAGCGAGCACUGCCUCAAGGAGUACKCCUGCAGCACCAAGUACAGGACCAUGAGGCAGUGCGUGGCGGGCAGGGAGAGCAACUUCACGGCGGUGGCGGGUCCCGAGGCGCAGGGCGAGUGCCGCAGCGCCAUGGACGCCGUGAAGCAGAGCUCCCUGUACAACUGCAGGUGCAGGAGAGGCAUGAAGAAGGAGAAGAACUGYCUGCGGAUCUUCUGGAGCAUAUUUCAGAGUUUGCAAGGUAAUGAUUUACUGGAAUACUCCCCGUAUGAGCCCGUCAAUAGYCGGCUCUCAGACAUCUUCCGCUUGGCUCCCAUCAUAGCGGCCGAACCUGCUUCCACUAAGGAGAACAACUGUUUGAAUGCUGCCAAGGCCUGCAACCUGAAUGACACUUGUAAGAAAUAUCGCUCGGCUUACAUCAACCCCUGCACUAGCAGGGUGUCCGCUUCUGAAGUGUGCAACAAGCGCAAAUGCCACAAGGCUCUACGACAGUUCUUUGACAAGGUUCCACCUAAAUACAGCUACGGGAUGCUGUUUUGCUCCUGUCCAGUGGGAGACAGGACAGCAUGUGCCGAGCGCAGACGACAAACCAUCGUACCCAUCUGUUCCUAUGAGGAUCAUGACAAACCCAACUGUCUUUCUCUCCAGAAUACGUGCAAGACCAACUAUAUCUGCAGGUCGAGGCUGGCAGAUUUCUUCAGCAACUGUCAGCCAGAGAUUCGCUCCAAAUCUGGCUGUCUGAGAGAGAACUAUUCUGAUUGUUUGCUUGCUUAUUCUGGUCUGAUUGGUACAGUGAUGACACCCAAUUAUGUGCGGUCUUCUGGUAUUAGCCUGUCACCGUGGUGUAACUGCAGCAGCAGUGGGAACAGCAAGCCAGACUGUGAUAAAUUUGCAGAGUUUUUCACCAACAAUCGAUGUCUGCGUAACGCCAUCCAGGCAUUUGGAAAUGGUACUGAUGUUGGUGUGUGGCAACCCCAACCCCCAAUCAAUCCAACUGUAGAGCCCAGCAUCACUCGGAGAGGGAAAGCCCAAACAAAUAAUGUUGUGGACCUGCUGACAGAUGUGACCCAACUGAAGCUUAAUGGCAACUCAUAUGASAUCUGUGGGACUUUGCAGGUCCAAAAUCUGGUUUCAAAUCAAACAGCGGGCACGGCGUUCUGUCCGAACCACCGGUUGGACGAGUCCGGCUCAUCGAACGCUGUUCCCAGAAGCUCACCGGCCGAACUCCACCGCUUUCAGCCCUCCACUUUACUCCUUGGCCUGGUCUUUGUUUUCACAUCCACGACGCUACAGCUCACACGAGUGCAGCUUUUGUAGGAAGCCACGACCGCGCAUCUGCCUCCUUGCCUCAAGAAGCCUUUCAAGUAAUUUUGAUUCGAGAAGCUCGACGAAGUGGAACUCCAGUGAUUUUCUAAAGAGAGAGAGAGAAACACGGCACAGUAAUAGCUGUAAAAAUCAUAGGCGGUCGUGGAAACAUAUUGGUGGAUUACAUGUUGACUGUCGCCGUGUAGAAAACAGACGCGUUCAAUCUGUUGCCGACAUAUCAGCUCAUUUGCCUUCCAUGCCCCGUGGGAGCAAUUUGCAGGGACUUGGAGAUGGGGGGGGUGGGAAGACAAAAAAAUAAAGUCAUGCCUGAGAACACUCAUGUUACGGGGAUAAAAUCAGAUCUGAUGUGAAUCAACUCAUUUCUUUGGAAAGUGUGCAAUCACUGCCCAUUUGACUGAAUUGAGUGCCACUGUGCUGAACGGCGUUUCAAGCGUAGAGGGAUUGGUUCUCUGCAUGGUUUGUUUGAGCGGAACAAAAACAAAAACAAAAAAAAAGGCAGAGAAACAGUGAAAGUGUGGCUAGAAAUAUAUAACACGUAGAUGCAUCGUGUGGAAUUUUGAAUCAUAAAAAUUUCGACUAAUUUUAAAAGUUUUAAUUUGUGCAAGAACACRCUACAAAGACCCUUCUGCAUAAAAAAAAAUCAAAAUACCAGUUCUCUCUUCUACAUGUUCAGUAUUAGGUUUAGAUCCGUUUUGUAGGUUUGGCUGUGAAGGUGGCUUUUUCACAUCGCCUGACUUUGUACAUAAAGUCCAUGAGUGCCCACUCUKUCGCAGUACGCUGCUGUUAGCUUGUAAAAUAUUGUCUGUAAUAUUUGGAGCGUCUACGUUAGUGCGGCUGACUGAGGCCCCUCGGGUUCCUCCAGCCUAGUUGUUAUUAAUGACGUGUGACGAGAUCCGCUUCUUCUCUCCUGUGAUUUAAAACUGAUUUGAACUGUGAUUUUUUUUGUUUUGUUUUGUUUGUUUCAUUGGAAAAAUGGAAAUCAGUAACUUUUACAGUAUUUUCUCUGAAACGUCAAAGCAUCUGUAACGAGAUAUUUACAAAAGUCUCUUUCGUGACUACAAAUGUCUAAUAUACUGAUACCUGGGAACUCUUUCUUUUUUCUUUCAGUGUUUGUAAACAGCAAGAGGAGAGAAUAUGAAUAAACAAAGCUUCAAAACAUGCGUACAGAACAAAGACCCAAAAUACGUUAGUUGUUCUGAUCUUUUGAAGUGGGCUUCUGUGGAAAGGUUAUAAACAAAUAAAUUAUUUGUUGUUAAAAACCUC